AUUUCUGCAUGCUUUAGGUGAGGUGGCAUGAGUGUCUGGCCCUCUAUUCCCUCUGACUGCAGCAGAACAAACAGAGCCUCGCUGCAGUAUCAUCACUCCUUCCCCCUGGAAUACAGACACAGGAGCAGCUCUCUUUACAGCCAGGGCCUGCAUUACUCAGCAGUAAGUGGGCUUGUUUGCAGAGACUGCAGUCCAUCCAGCGGGAUACCAGAGCGUCAGACUAUAGCAGAAUAACAGGAGCUCAGGAAGAUAGGAGAGACUCGGGAGCGGAAUGAAGAUGAAGAGGAUGAUCUAAAAGAGGAUACAAACCAGCAGAGGAGAAGAAGACGUGUGGGAGUGAAGGUGAUGUGACAGGAAGAGAAAGAAGAGAACAGGAGAGUGGGAUGUCAAAACAAACUUAGAGUUACACUUGGUUUUGUUACUUGUCAGAGUUAAGCUCUUUUUCCAAGCAAAGGAGGAAGUCAACAAACACUUCUUAAUGAAUUUGGACGACCCUUACCAAUGUGUUAAUGGAACUUCAAUGAAAUAACAAAACGUCCAGCACGACAGAACUAUUUCCAAAAACAAAACCUGCGAUAUGAGGAUGAAUCAUCAGUGAGAGUGUCAUCACAGAUUUCAGCUGCUUAAAGAAAGGAUUCUUCACUUUUCGAAGCCCAUGGGGACAGAAUCUUCCUUCAGGAGCUGUACUGUAUGUUGGACCGGAUGUGACUGGAAGUUAGAGCAGUGACCUUAAAAUCCCCACAGCAGAAGUUUUAAAGCAGCAUCCAGCAAAAUGCCGUGCUCACCUUUCCGAAUUGGAAGGCCGAGAAAAUGCUGGAAACAAGAUGGGAGUGACCCCCGGAUUUCUGCAGCACUAGAGCCCCAGCUGUUCCAGCCAAAAGUCCCAUACAGCAGCUCACCAUUCCACAAGACUCCAGGUUUAUUUGAAAUGAUUGAAAGGAUGCAGGGCAACAGGAUGGAUGAGCAGAGGUGCACCUUUCCUCCCCCACUAAAGACUGAAGAGGACUACAUUCCAUACCCCAGUGUGCACGAGGUGUUGGGCAGGAAAAGCCCCUUUCCUCUCAUCCUCCUGCCUCAGUUUGGGGGUUACUGGAUCGAAGGGACGAAUCAUGAGCUGAGUGACACAGUGGACACAGAACAGCUGCAGCCGCUGUCCCCGAACACACGCACCAAACUGGAAUGUAACACGACAGCAACCAUCUACCGGAAAGACUUCUUAGGCAAGGAACACUUUAAUUACUAUUCAGUGGACAGCGCCCUCGGACAUCUGGUGUUCUCUCUAAAGUACGAUGUGAUUGGAGACCAGGAACAUCUCCGACUCAUGCUCAGGAACAAGCUGAAAACACACCAUGAUGUGAUCCCCAUCUCCUGCCUGACUGAGUUUCCCAACGUGGUCCAAAUGGCCAAGCUUGUCUGUGAAGAGGUCAACGUGGACCGCUUUUUUCCUGUCCUUUAUCCAAAAGCUUCAAGACUCAUUGUCACCUUUGAUGAACAUGUGAUAAGCAACAAUUUCAAGUUUGGGGUCGUUUACCAAAAGUUUGGACAGACUUCAGAAGAAGAGUUGUUUGGAAACAGUGAAGAGAGUCCAGCCUUUGUAGAAUUUCUGGAGUUUCUAGGAGAGAAAAUUGAGCUCCACAACUUUAAAGGUUUCCGUGGAGGGUUGGACGUGAAUCACGGGCAGACGGGCACCGAAUCCAUCUACUGCAACUACCACAACAAAGAGGUCAUGUUCCAUGUGUCCACAAAGCUGCCUUACACAGAAGGGGACACACAGCAGUUGCAGAGAAAGAGACACAUAGGAAACGACAUUGUCGCCAUUGUAUUCCAAGAAGACAACACGCCCUUCGUACCGGACAUGAUCGCCUCUAACUUUCUUCACGCCUAUGUUGUGGUCCAAGUGGUCAACCCCUGCUCUGACAAUGUCCUCUACAGGGUGUCAGUUACAGCACGGGAUGAUGUACCCUUCUUUGGCCCGGCCCUCCCAAACCCUGCAGUCUUUAAAAAAGGCCCUGAAUUCCAUGAAUUCCUUUUCACUAAGCUCAUAAAUGCAGAGUAUGCCUGCUACAAAGCUGAGAAAUUUGCCAAAUUAGAGGAACGAACGCGGUCGGCCUUGUUAGAGACCCUGUAUGAGGAGCUCCAUAUGAACAGCCAGGCCAUGAUGGGUGUCGGAGGAGGAGAGGACGACAAACUGGAAAAUGGAAGUGGAGGAGGAGGGGGCUUCUUUGAGUCCUUCAAGCGAGUGAUCCGCAGCAGGAGCCAGUCUAUGGACGCCAUGGGUCUAGCUUUCAAGAAGCCGCACACAGUCUCCACUAGCAUCAGCAGCAGCUUUAACCACGAACCCGCAGAGAGCCCCAAAUUCCCAGGGAUAUCAUUGCUUGUCCCAGGCAAAAGUCCCAGUAAAUAUGGACGUCGAGGCAGUGCCAUAGGGAUAGGAACAGUAGAAGAGUCUUUGAUCAUCCCAGGAAAGAGCCCGACCAGAAAGAAGUCUGGUCCCUUCAGCUCCAGGAGAAGUAGUGCCAUUGGUAUUGAAAACAUUCAAGAAGUCCAAGAGAAGAGUAGGGAGAGCUCCCCCAACACCCAGAAGACUCCUGACAGCGGCCACGUCUCUCAAGACCCCAAAUCUGACAACUCGUCGAAUCAGAGCUCUCCUGAGGUGCUCACGACAGCCAAGAACAGUUCUUGUUUUGGCACCAGGGCUCCUUCCAUCCCUGAGGGUCACGACCUCUCGCGCUCCUCCUCAAAUGCCAGCAGCUUCGCCAGUGUGGUGGAGGAGAACGAGACUGAAGCCACAGAGGACUACGACACAGGCAUGGAGAGCCUAUCAUCUGCCGGGACGCCACAGAAGCGAGACUCGCUCACUUACAGCACCUGGCUGGAGGACAGCACCAGUAACUCCAGUAACACCGGUCACUGCAGCUCCCCAGGGCCCGGUAAACCGGAUCGAGGGAAGGGCGCCGAAAUCCGUAUCAAACUGGAACGACCACAAGAUCGUCAGUCCUCAUCGAACUGUUAACUGUACACACCUGGUUGUAUCCUGGAUCUCCAUCUUCAGCAUUCCCAUAAGUCACAAUCCCUCUGGGAGAUGAGACAAGAGCAGGUGUUCGCCGCGUCCAGAGAUGAGAAGGAGAAAGAUGAAGAGAAGGAGACAGAAGAGAGAAAGCAGGUGGAGCCUGGCCGGUCUGCUGCUCAGUGAGGGCCACAGUGCAGCGUUUCCAGAAACCUAGAGGACACUGGACGGAGAGGAUGACGCACAAAGAGGGGCCAGCUUUUGCACAGUGUUUGUUUCCUUUCACUCUUUUCUUUGCCUGUUCGCACAGCUGUUGCCUAGUUCUAUGUUUCUUGCCACAUCUGUUGUUUUGAAGAGCACAUGUUUAAAUACGAACUUAAAAAGUUUUAUUUGUUGAAGAUGGUUUGUCUCGUCGAUGCCUGGGUCUGCUGGCUAUUCAGGGGGAAGACAGUGCCAUUGAGCUCUUCGAGGAGAUGUUCAGAGGGACUUCUGCUGCAACGUAGAGGAGAUAAUAACAUGGGUGUUUUUUUUUUUAAACUAAAUCUACAAAUGUUUUGGCUGUGUAAAGAUCUCUAAUGUAGAAGAAGAACCAAAUAUUCAGCAUCUGAGAUGGGUAUUUUCUAACAAAGCAUCUAUUGUGAUGUAGAAUUGUUCUGUUUGGUGCUUGAAUUGUGAUUAUUUUCUGGGUAAGAUACAAAUCUGAAGUCUAAAUCAGCAGUAAAACGACUUCACUCUUUCAUGCUAAUCCAACCAGAUUCCAAAGGACACAGUGGAGAGAGUAUUGUUUCAUGGAUAAAAUGAAAUGGCCUUAAAAAUUAAACAUGCAAUUUCUUUGUCCCUCAGAUUGAUUUUACCUCACUUUUUUUACUCACGUGUUCUGCAGCCAAUCACGGGAUUGUGUGUCAGAUUAACGUCAAAGCUAAUAUCUUCAGAAUCAUUUUUUUUUAAGCACACAACUUUCUUAAAGAAUCCUGACGUAAAGCAUUUACUCUUCAGCACUCUGUGUGUCGUCUGGUGAUGACUUGAUGUAUUCAUCAAUGACUGAUUGGACUACUUUCUCUGUCUUGUCCGUCUGUGACGAGAGCAGUCUCUAUUUAUUGAUUUAUCUCCUGUUGAAGUGGCGUUUAUGGUGUAAAUCAGUUUUACUGUACUCAGCAUCCUGUCACUGUAUGUGCUGCUUUGGUAAAUUAUAAUGUUGUCAACUGUGAAGCUCCGUCUUUUUCAAGAAUCAGAUCUCUUUCAUUGCAGUAAAAUUGAUGCAAUUAUAACACAAUUGUGAAUAUGUAUUUGCUCAUAAAGUGAGGAAAAAGGCUCCAUAUACAACUACUGAUUUUGUAAAUAUAUGUAUUCAGUUGAAGUAAAUUGUGUAUAAUGUAUAGGCCAUUCAUUCAAAAUGGGACUGACUGACACUUUGAAAUUACUGCCAAGUAGUUUUAUUUCUUGUACCCUUACUUUGUGAUAUCAUUUAGACAGGAGGUUGUUAUUGAAUUCAAUUAAUUUCCAAUGUUUUUUCAGACUGUUUGGUCAAAGGGAAAUCUCACAGUACAUCCUGCUGAUCUUUCAGUUGCCUUAUUAUCACAAACGGAUGGUGUAAAGAUAGUGAAGCUAACAGCUACUAGCCAGCAGGAUUUACAAUGAAAUGAAUGUUUUAUUGUUGUUGUUGUUGUUGUUGUUUUUAUUGUAAAUAAAUUGCCCUAAGAACUUUAAA